AUGUAUGCCAUUCGAAUGUUACCGAGUUUAUCAAACCUUGGGAGAAAAGCGAGCGGUCGACCAUUAUAUAUAUCAGUCAAUUAUGCUACCAAGCGUUUAAGCAUUGAAGAAAAAUUGGGCUUCCCAGAAAGACCAAAAAAACCUUUACCUCCAUACAUUGACUAUUGCCAAAAAAAAUUUGCUGAAUUUUCAAAUGUGUCCCAAAAAGUUCUACCUAGAGAGAUAAUCCCAAAGUUUGCUGAAGAAUGGAAACUGAUAGAUAAAGAGACAAAGACAAAGCUGAUGAAUGAAUAUCGUGAAAAAUUACAAAAAUAUCCAGACACUCUACAACAAUAUUAUCUUUCAUUAACUGAUGCUCAACGUUUGGAAUUAGAAACUGUUAGAAAUGAAAAGGAUGCAUCUGCACAGAAGAGAAAAUUAAGACUUGAAAAUAGAAAAACAGGGAAACCUAUUCGUCCUGUUAACCAAUUUGGAAUAUUUGUCAAGGAAGUUUUUCCCAAAGUAUCAGCCGGAGAUUCAGGAAAGCCUAAUGUACAAGCUACCUUAAAAGACAUUUGCAAAAGAUGGAAAAAUCUAACUCCGGAAGAGAAAGCACCAUACAAAUUAAAAUUUGAAGUGGCUGAUCAGGAAUAUCAAAAGAAAUUAGUCGAAUGGGAGGACGAAAUGGUUCGACAAGGAAAGGCAAAUCUGGUCAGGGUUCGAGCCCGGCCCAUUCUUGGUCUAGACGAUUCGAAAAAAUUUUCUAAGGAAACGGAACGUAUUAAAAAACCAAUGAAAACGAAGUAG